AUGCUAUUUUCAUCUCCCCUUCUCACAAGCAUCAAUACAAUCAUACCUCCGGAAAACAACGGAUAUUCCGUUUCAGACCUUCUAAACGAUAUAGUCGCCAUCGCGCCAUCUCUUACCUCACUCUCCCUCGUGGCUUCUCAGAGAGCUGGGAACCGUGCGACGAACCACGAAGAUGCCAUCGGCACGCUCCCACAGCGUCUUGAACGGUUGGCUAUCUUGAAGCUGCCCCCGUACUUUCUAACGUCGACGGUCCUCGAGCUAUUAUCCGAGAGUCAAAUCGUGGCAAUUGAAUUUUCCGAGUUGCCUGGCUCCGUCGAUAAUGCCGGAGAUCCACGCGAUGUGUCUUUCUUGCGGCCCGACUUUCAACACGGCGCAUUUCCCGCCUUGCGGCGAUUGUCGAUAUGCGGUCGUCUGCCGGAUUUGAGUGUACUACUCUCAGACAUUUUCUUUCCUGCUGAAAACUUGGUCGACAUUGUUGUGCGCAGCGUACGGUCGGAAAGUGAGACAGACACCCGCCUCUUCGUGAAGGACAUGGUCAAACGAUGCUUCCGAUUGACGAGCGUCUUUCUUUUGAUGACUCGGCCUCUGGAACCCUUGGCUGAGUGGUGUGACGAGGACGAGCUAGAAGGGGUGGUUUGGCUUGAAGAUUGGGCAAAUGAGCCUCUCACAAUGGAGACGAUUCGCCCGUUGACUACAUUGCGCGAUAUGCAACGCGUCAGCAUUGCACACGCCCGACCGUUGAACAUCUGUAACGAUGACGUUCACUUUCUAUGCUCGCGCUUGUCUGGACUCCGCCGGCUGAUUUUGAACCCUGUUCCCCGGUUCAAAGCAACGUGCGACUUGACAUUGCUGUCUAUGGCACACGUAUCGUCGUUGUGCCCUCGGAUAAGGCAUCUUGCGCUUUACGCGUACCCUCCAACACUUCAGGAACAGAACUACCUGAAAACCGUUACCCACUUUCCUACGGGUAUGCAGUUACAGCUGCAUGCGUCUCCGCUGCAGGUGGAUGAGCAAAAAGAAGUCGCACUAUUUCUCAGUCGCAUCCUGCGUCCUGGAGCAAACUUUCGCUAUAUUAUUGCACCCAUGGCGGAUGCGGACGCUCGUGGCUAUGCCGUCAAGACGACGUCGCCGUGGGCAUGGGUCAUCGACAGAGUUUCCUUGAUGCUAGAAGCGCGGGAGGAGGAACGCUCUUUUGUUUGCCCGCACUCGUAA